CUUGAUAAAAAAUCAUUAAUUGCCAAAUUUACGACGCAUUAAGGCUAUUGUUGCGGUGCGCAUAGUGUUUGUUUCCCGGGCCAAUGAAGUAAAGACGAACUGAUGGACAACAAUACCACUUAUCAAUAAAGCCCUACUACUUUCGUUCCAACACCAUGGACCCUAAAAUGGACGUGGAUGUUCCAGAGUCUCGUGGCACCAAACGGCCAGCUGAAGAAAAUGAAGUCCCGCAGAAACCCAAAAGAAUCAGAGCUCUUGAUCCAGAGGUUGUGAAUAAGAUAGCCGCAGGGGAGAUCAUCGUAGCUCCUAUGCACGCUCUGAAAGAAUUAAUUGAGAAUGCUGUGGAUGCUGGCUCCACAUCCCUCGAAAUUCUAGUGAAAGAUGGUGGUCUGAAGCUACUACAGAUCACGGACAACGGCCACGGCAUAGAUCGGGAUGACCUGCCUAUCCUUUGUGAGAGGUUCACCACUUCCAAAUUAAAGCAGUUCGAAGACUUAUCAUCCAUUGGUACGUACGGUUUCCGAGGUGAAGCAUUGGCCAGUAUCAGCCAUAUAGCUCAUCUCACUGUAACCACCAAAACGACGGGCUCAAACUGUGCCUGGAGAGCACAUUACAGCGAUGGAAAGCUUGUUCCUCCAAAGCCCGGACAGCCUGCCGCCCCCAAGGCCACAGCUGGACGAGGCGGCACUCAAAUAACUGUUGAGGACCUCUUUUACAAUGUUCCAACCAGACGGCGGGCAUUCCGAUCAGCGAGCGAAGAGUACGCGAAGAUAUUGGAUGUCGUUGGCAGAUACGCCGUGCAUUGCUCUGGUGUGGCCUUCUCCUGUCGCAAACAUGGCGACUCAGGUGUGAGCAUUUCAACACCAGUAGCUGCUAAUACCAUCGACAGAAUCCGUCAAAUUCACGGAAGUGCAGUGGCCAGUGAACUGGUCGAAUUCAAGGCCGAGGACCAAAACUUAGGAUUCCGCUCCUCUGGCUAUGUUACAAACGCGAAUUACCAUGUCAAACGGACCGUUAUCCUUCUUUUCAUCAAUCAUCGUUCCGUUGAGUCCACUGCAGUAAAGCGAGCGGUUGAGCAGACCUACUCGAGUUUCUUGCCCAAAGGCGGGCAUCCUUUUGUCUACAUCGACCUGGAGAUUGAACCACAUCGCGUGGACGUGAAUGUACAUCCAACUAAGCGCGAAGUCAACUUUUUGAACGAAGAUGAAAUCAUCGAAUGUAUAUGCAAAGAAAUCAGGUCGAGUCUUACCCAGGUCGAUUCAAGCCGAACCUUCUUGACCCAAACUCUUCUUCCUGGGGUUAGAACAAUGGAACCUGUACCUCAUGAUUUAGAGUCGACAGAUGGUGGAAACCGUACCCCUAAAACACCAGCGAUAGCAAAGAAACCAUACGAGCAUAAUCUCGUCCGUACAGACUCUAAAGUGCGCAAAAUCACCUCCAUGCUAUCACCUGCGGUUCCCUAUACUGCAGAAGCAGAACCCACUAGCGUUCUAGACGAAGGACUGCAAUAUGAAACCACCGAUCGUGAGCCACUUCGCAUCGCGCUCACAUCAGUGAAGAACCUACGCGCAAGCGUUCGCAGAACGAUGCACAAUACCCUGACGGAGACCAUUGCCUCCCUCACCUACGUAGGUCUAGUCGACGAGCGACGACGUAUAGCAGCCAUACAAUCAGGGGUAAAACUCUACCUUGUCGACUACGGAAUGUUCUGCAACGAAUUCUUCUAUCAGAUCGGACUCACGGAUUUCGGCAACUUCGGCGUCAUUAAACUAGACCCGGCACCAAAGCUCAUAGACCUUCUUCAAAUCGCCGCCGAUGCCGAACGAGAGGCUGUCCCAGAAUCCAGCAACGAAAAAUCAAACGCAAGCAAAGAAAGCGAAAAAGACGACAUAUUCGCCAACGCACCUGACCUAGUCGCCAAAGCACUUACAGACAGACGCGAGAUGCUCAAUGAAUAUUUCUCGCUCCAAAUCUCAGCGGAGGGUGAACUCCUCUCCCUCCCACUCUUACUCAAAGGCUACCUCCCAUGCCUGGGAAAGCUACCGCGAUUUCUCCUCCGCCUUGGCCCCUACAUCGACUGGACAAGCGAGGAAGACUGCUUCCGCACGUUUUUACGGGAGCUCGCAGCAUUCUAUACACCAGAGCAAUUACCAACCCCUCCCUCAGAAGCUAAUGAGAAUGGGGAAUCCCAGAACGCAAAUACAGAAGAUGGCCUUGUCAGGAAUCGUCGAUUACAGAUAGCUCGGAUGCUGGAACAUGUGGUCUUUCCGGCGCUUCGGUCUCGUCUGGUUGCUACGAACCGACUUCUCCGGGGUGUGGUUGAGGUGGCAGAUUUGAAGGGCCUAUAUCGUGUCUUUGAACGUUGUUGAUUUCUGUAGAGCUAUCGGGAGCCAUUUACUCUUUAUCCAUCUGUCUAUGGCCAUGUCCAUAUAAUUGACCUUUGUAUUUGCAGGUUUUCC